AUGUCAGAAACGUGGGAAGCGUUGCGGAAAAAGGCGCGGAGCACGGAGAACUCGAUCGACGUGAAGCUCGUCUCGCUGAACAAACUGACGGCCUCCGCGCACGGCGGAUUCGACAUUGACGAGAAGACGGUCUCGUCGCGACAGUCAAACUUCCGCACACUCACCACCGAAAUCGAGGGACUCAUCGAGCAGUUGACCAAUGUCAACGACGAUGUAAGACUUUUCAACAGUAAAAGUAUUACGAACUAGGAAUGUAAAAUAGAAAACACUUGAAAAAAGUCAGAAUGAUGUUAUGAAAGCGUAAUUUGUUUGUGAGAAAAAUGGGAAGACCGUAUACCCCUCAAAUUUAAAGGCACAAAACUUCAGGACAAGUGGCUAGCUUUAAAAAUUUCACAGUCGUCGUUAAGAAAGGUGUCAAGUUGCACGGAGAAAUUGAAAAAAAUUGUCUAUGCUCUCUUGUCAAAUCUAUUUUGUGUUCAGAUGAACGACGUCGUCUCGGCGCCCUCGUCGGCCACGUGGGCCGCAAAUCCGGCGAUCCAGCACACGCUGCGUCGUCAUCGGGAGAUCCUCAGGGACUACGGUACCGAGUACCACCGCUCGCGGAACAAUGUCGACCAGGUGCUCCAGAGAGAGCUCCUCUUGAGCAGCUCCAACGAAAACGGACGGAACAGCACGACACUGAACAACCGGGCCAGAGGAUACGACAUGUAUUUGAAGGUUUGGAGGAGAAGAGAGUGGAAGAGGAAAAGCUAGGCAGCGGAUUUCAGGAGAACGAGCACAUUCAGUCGUGCGAACGGCUUCUGGACGAACACAUCGAAAUGGCGAUGUCGACGAAGGAGAACGUGGCCAGACAGGGCAUCAACUUGCGCGGAAUCUCCAAUCGAUUGCUCUACAUUAGCAGUUCGUCCAAAAUUUACCGCUAAGCGGCGUAGCGCACUUUCAAUCCACAUUUUUUUGCAGAAAAGUACCCGGCGAUCAACAAUGUGAUGCAGAAGAUCAAAACGAAAAAGCAAAAGAACACUCUGAUCCUGGCGGGCGUCAUUUCGGCCUGCCUCAUUUUCACCAUUUACUGGAUCAUCACCUGA